CUUGACUGUCCCUUUUGAGACUCUGCGCCAAACCGUGAAACCCAUCUACCGGUGACUCCGAAGACGCAAGGGUAAGAUUUGAGCAGGGAAGAAGAAGCCGUGAGGAAUAGAGGGAAGAGGAAGUGGUAUCUGUGUCCACCGGUGCACAUCCUCAGCAGAGCUGACCGGGUCCUCUCCAGCUUUCAACCGUGAUGGGCGUCCUGUCCCACGUCGACGGCGUGGCAAAGAAUUUAGUCAACAAUUGGGCGUCUUCGGCCCUUCACGAUGGCGGCGUCUCAAGCGCAGCCCGUGAAUGCUUUGAGGGGGCGACAGCAAUAAGUCUUUCCGUGGUUGCCGGGCGCGAGCUCCUCAUUGCCGUGGACGACUUCCAGCAGCAAUGGCAAAAGUCUUUCCAACACCUCGACCGAUCCCUGGCUGGGAAAGCAGCGUCCACGUCUUCUCUCUACACUGAAGAACGCAUGGACAGGCCAUCGGCACUGGAGGAUGUGGAGGCAGCCUAUCAGAAGGGCGACUGCAAAACGCUGACAGCCAUGCCCAUUGUUGGGGACAACAACGAUGUUUUGGGAGUGGUCUGCGUGGGGCUGCCUUCACAUGUACCCCUCACAUCACAGCAUGUGCAUACAUUGGAGACGCUGGCAAAGGCCCUGGCGCCCCACCUGCAGCAGUACAGCACGGGCACAAGCGCCACGUGGGACACCAGUGUGUUUGGCGCCAGCGCCGACAUGGACUGCCUGCCAGGCUGCUCCUCCGACAACGGCGGC